GUGGCAUGGCAUUCAGGCAUUGGUACUACCCACAAACCUGAAUACCGGCUUCUGAAUUUCGUUAAUCUUCUGGAUUUUCGAGUAUCGGACGUUUGCAUACUCCCCGUUCAUCUUCCAAGCGUUAAUUAUUUUCCAGCAUGGAUACAAAACGAAAAGCGGAAGACAUGACUUUGGUGGCAAGCAACACGCCAAAGAAGGCUCGCACCGAAUUGGUUUCUGCAUCCCAGUCGAAGGAUAAGGCCCUCAAAUUAGCAGGCAUAACCAGGACUUCGAAUUUGUCCGCACCGAUCAUGCAACUGGAAGGCCACGGAGGCGACAUUUUCACUGCCAAGUUCCAUCCUGAGGGUCACCAUUUGGCCUCGUCCGGCUUCGACAGACAGAUCUUUUACUGGAAUGUUUACGGCGAGUGUGAGAACAUCGCCGUGCUGAGCGGGCACAGCGGCGCCGUGAUGGAGCUGCACUUCACGCCCGACGGCACCCAGCUGGUCACCGCCAGCACGGACAAGACGGUGGCCCUAUGGGACAUCAGCCAGGCAACACGCGUGAAGCGGUUCAAGGGCCAUUCGAGUUUUGUCAACAGCUGCCACGCAGCCCGGCGGGGUCCUUCUAUGUUCGUCUCAGGCUCGGACGACGGCACUGUGCGCGUCUGGGACUCGCGCCGCAAGCAGCAGGCCACCACGCUCAAUAGCGGCUACCAGGUCAUCGCUGUCACCUUCAACGACAACGCUACCCAGGCUAUUUCCAGUGGCAUCGAUAAUGAUAUAAAGGUUUGGGACUUGAGGCAGAAUGCUUUGCUGUACAAGCUGAAGGGGCACACGGACACCGUCACUGGGCUGAGCCUCUCUCCCGACGGGUCUUACGUCAUGUCCAACGGCAUGGACAACGUACUCAGAAUUUGGGACAUCCGUCCGUACGCCCCGCAGGAGAGGUGUGUCAAAAUUUUCCAGGGUCAUCAGCACAACUUCGAAAAGAACCUGCUCAGGUGCUCAUGGUCGGCUGACGGGUCCAAAAUCGCAGCUGGAUCAUCAGACAGAUUUGUCUACAUUUGGGACACGACCACCAGGCGAAUCCUGUACAAACUGCCUGGACACAAUGGAAGCGUCAAUGAAAUCGAUUUCCAUCCCAAAGAGCCGAUCGUUCUCUCCGCCUCCAGCGACAAGACCAUCUUCCUCGGUGAAAUUGAAUAAAAUAAUUCCACUAUUUAAAUCUUCAUAAAUUUAGUUAAUUUGUUGAGUGCUCUAUCCAAAAGUGUAAUUUGGGAUUUUUCUUCUGAAGAAUUGGUCCAGCAGCGCAUGUAAAAUUUAAAGUUAGAAAAAUCUUUGAGUAUGUUUGUUGAAAGCUAAUGGUGUUCUUUCUAUUGCGAUUAGAGCACAUAGCUUUUUUCAAUUGAGAUAUGGUUAAGAUCCUACCUUUUUAAACAUGUUUAAGUGUCUACAACUAACGUGUAAAUACCAAACAAUACAAAAUCUUCAUUCUCUAACGA